GGCCGGUCCGGUGUCUUGUGUGGAAAGGUUAUUCCCAACAAUGCCAAUAUGAUCGUCCACAUGAGGACUCACUCCGGCGAGAAGCCCUACAGGUGUGACCAAGGCAUGAAGUGCUUCAGUCAGAAAGGCAACCUGAAGAACCACCUGAGGACUCACACCGGCGAGAAGCCCUACAGGUGUGACCGAUGCCCGAAGCGGUUCAGUCUGAAAGGCACCCUGAAGACCCACCUGAGGAGUCACUCCGGAGAGAAGCCCUACAGCUGUGACCUAUGCACGAAGUGCUUCAGUCUGAAAGACCAUCUGAAGACCCACAUGAGAACUCACUCCGGCGAGAAGCCCUACAAGUGUGACCAAUGCACAAAGCGCUUCAGUCUUGGCUGCUACCUGAAGAACCACCUGAGGACUCACACCGGCGAGAAGCCCUACAGGUGUGACCAAUGCCCGAAGUGCUUCAGUCUGAAAGACCAUCUGAAGACCCACAUGAGAACUCACUCCGCCGAGAAGCCCUACAAGUGUGACCAAUGCACAAAGCGCUUCAGUCAGACAAGCCACCUGAAGAACCACCUGAGGACUCACACUGGCGAGAAGCCCUACAGGUGUGACCGAUGCCCGAAGUGCUUCAGUCUGAAAGACCCCCUGAAGCGCCACCUGAGGACUCACUCUGGGGAGAAGCCCUACGUGUGUCUGCAGUGCAAUGCCAGCUACAGCGACCCACGCACUUUGCGAGUGCACAUGCUCAAGCACACUUUGACACGGGGUAACGUGACGCUUUGAUUGAGACCUCUGUCUGGUAUUGAUUUAAAUUACUGCUUUUAGUUUUUCUUUUCAUCACGAUU